AUGUACUGGCCCAUUGGAACUCCCCGGAUAUAUGCGACAAGCGCCAGCUGCCCGCCAUCCUACCCUCACCUCUACUCUCACGAUGGGUCACCAGCCCCCGACCAAAGACCUACCCGGGACUCUUUGUUGUUCCCAGGUGCUGCCGCCGACGGUUACGAUUCCUCGAGUGUCCCCCCUACGCCGAUCACUCCGGUGACACCCUUCACACCGGCCAUCAAGUCCGUCGAGCACGACUAUUACGAUGACGGACAGUCCGAACCACCAUCACCGCCUCCUCCAGAACCUUCUCACUCCAAUGCUCCUCCCAGGGAGCCGAUACUGGCUCUCCGCGUUGCUAGAGCUGGCCACCUGUUCGCCGUCAUCACCUCAACAUCAAUGACCAUCUGGCAGACAAAGCCAACGGUAGUUCUCGCUGUGGUUGUUCGAUCCGAGGCGUCACUAAAAUCCUACGGUACCAAUACGAGCUUGAUGCUGCGUCCGGACGCCGCCAUAUUUGUCGUGCGCACUAGCCUGGGCUAUCUGAUCACCUACUCUUUGGCUACCGACGCCGACUCUCGAGUCUACAAACCCCAUUUUUCCAGUCAUACCAAUGUUCAGAAACGGCGGCAAACCCAUGCAGGCGGCCCAGGAGCGGUAGCUCCAGAUCAAAUACUCUGGGGCCCCGGUGAGGGAUCGGGAGUAAGGGAUGUCAGCGUUCGUUUCCGCAUGGUUAUCAAAGUUGACGCAGGCAUUGAGAGUGCUUUGGCUUUGGACGACGAGUUGGUGGCUCCGGGAAAUCAAACCACCACAGAGCUAUUGAGCCGCAUGGGCUGGGUCGACAAAAAAUUCAUGGUUUGCAAGAUGACACAUGACCGCCGCAUGAACUUGUCCACAUGGGUCACCAGCGACGGCAAAGCGUACGCUGUCCAGCGCAUCACUACCAGCCAACAGGAUCCCGAUACGAACCAGCUGGCCGACCCCAAGAAGCUUUUCAAAGGCUAUUGCUUCUAUACACCUCAGACGCCUGGUGAACAAGCCAUACGUUGCGUCGUCAACGCCGUCUUUUCCCUAAUUGCUGUAGGCUGCGCAGAUGGCAACAUUCGCGUGUUUUCAGCAAAAGAUUACUCCGGAAACAUUCCGCCUUCUCACGUCCACAAUCUCCCUGCUUCAACCAACACAUGUGGCAGGCUUACAACCCUGAGCUACUCCCCUGAUGGUUAUUGUCUUUUUGCUGGCUAUGAAAAGGGAUGGGCAACAUGGAGUGUGUAUGGCAAGCCACUGAGUAACAGUUUCGGGGCCGAUCAUUCCAUUGCUAGUACAGCCGGGGAAGAAUGGAUAUCCGGAGUCCUCGACGCAGCCUGGAUCGGAGGUGGCUGUGAACUGCUGCUUGUAGGCCGAGCCCAUGAAUCAAUUUGGCUGCUAGAGAUGGCACGAAGCGCAGUAACCGGAUGCUACAACUCUGCGAAUCUCUUCAGAACCGUGCUUCAGAGCAAUUCCAGCGUCAUGGUCUAUAGGGGAUAUGACCUACCGGAUCUUACAUCUAUCUCGGCCGAGCCUGGGCUGUGGCAUACAGCCAGGAUACCAGCUAGCUAUCUGAUGAACAACUGGCCAAUUAGGUGUACCGCCAUCUCCAGUGAUGGUAGAUAUGUUGCGGUUGCUGGCAGGAGGGGUCUGGCUCACUAUAGCGUUAACAGCGGUCGCUGGAAGACGUUCGCGAAUGCGGAUGCGGAGAACGAGUUCCAUGUUAAGGGCGGCAUGUGUUGGUACCAGAAUAUCCUGGUUGCUGCCGUGGAGGCUAAUAGGAGCUUCGAACUCCGUCUCUACUCGCGGGAGGCAUCGCUCGAUAGCCCGAAUGUGCUACAUACUCAGGAGAUGUCAGCGCCCAUUGUCCUGAUCACUCCCUCUGGCGAAGACUCGCUGCUCGUUUAUACUUACGACAACCUCCUCUACCAUUUUAUCUUUGCGCCAUUCGGUGGCACCGUUAGGCUGGUGGAAGUUGGUCACAUAGCCUUCCAUGGCAUCAUCCGAUCACCCGCGCGAGUUCGCGGCCUAAGCUGGAUCCUGCCCGAGAGCCAGUUGUUAGACGGAGACCCAUCCCAAGACGUGGCUCAUGCCUCUGUAUUGUUCUUGGUAGAUGGCAAGCUGGUACUUCUUCGACCCUCGUACAAUGAAGGCGGUCUUAAAUAUGACAUGCGCGUCAUUGCGAACAACCUCGAAUUCUACGUUAGCAUGAGGGACCAGCCAUUUACGGGCAGCGUCCUAACGCAGCACGAAAAGCAGAUCUUCACUGCUGCGGCUGAUGACAGUUUACGCAAUUCGCUCUGGAUUUUUGACGGUAAUGAAAUCAAGGCCUGGACAGAUGUCGAACCAGUUUUGAGGGCCAUCUCUGGAGAAGCCACGAGAGAGCUUCCACCCAUGACAUCCAUCCCUAUCGACUUCUAUCCCUUAUCCGCUCUUCUCAGCAAAGCUAUAGUACUUGGCGUCGAGUCCGAUCUCAUCCAACGCCGUGAUGUCAGCUUCUCCUUCUUCCGUUUCUCAAUACGGACACACCUCUUUUUACCAGAUAUACUACGGUUCUACCUGAGUAAUAACAGACCGGUUGAGGCGUUGCGAUUGGCUCAGCAAUAUGAACACCUCGAGUACUUUGCACAUGGACUGGAAAUUCUUCUGCACCACGUCCUGGACGAAGAGGUAGAUGUCCAUCCUCCACCCGCUCCAGAGCAUGCCAUCCUCCCUCGCGUGCUGUCGCUCCUCUCAUCGUUCAAGCAGUACUUGGACAUUGUAGUGCAGUGUACCCGCAAGACGGAAGUGCGUUCCUGGCGUACUCUGUUUGCCUAUCUCCCUCCACCGCAGGAGCUGUUUGAGGAGAGCUUACAGCGUGGCAGCCUUAAGACUGCUGGCGGCUACUUGCUCAUCCUCCACACCUUUGACGAACUCGCGACAGCAAGUGAGCAGAGCGUGCGUCUCCUAAGCAGAGCUAUGCGCGAGGGCGACUGGGAGCUGUGCAAAGAAUUGGCACGGUUUUUGGCCGCGCUCGAUGAAACGGGGGACACGCUGCGUGAAGCAAUGGAGCUGGCAAAGCUACGAGUGAAGCAGGAAAGUGACUUGGAGGAUGGGCAUGGCAGCGUAGGCAGCGGGCUGGGCACGAUGCUUGGAGUUCCUCAGGGCGGCGGCGUGAACGGUGCUUCCAGCACCAGCUCGUUGACUUCCAAAGGGAUCACGGGUAGUGACUGGGAUGCUGACAGGCGAACAAUCAGCGAUGCCGGCAGCGUUGUCAGUGCUAAUCGGCAUGAAAGCUGA